AUGCCCCCUCCUCUCCUGCCCUCCACUGCUCUGCCCUUCGCUGCCCUGCUCCUCCUCUCCCCUCCCCUCCCCGCCCCGCCCCGCAUUCAACCCGCUGCUCACUCACUCCCGCUGCCAGCAUGGCUGAGGUGCAUCCUCUACUGCGAAUUCGACCCCCACAGGGGACCCCGCCCUGUCUUCCAGGCGCCGGAGAACCUGGUCAGCGCAGACACGUGCGACUAUCUCUCCGACCAUCUCAUCGCCUCCAGCGAGCUCUGCGGCCAUCUCAUCAGCGUCACUGCCUUCGGUCUGCGCUUCGUCGGCCACCCCGAGCACAUCCGAGACGAGCACUACGAGAGGAACCAGUUCAUGUUCAACGUUUGCUUCGUGUUCGAUGCGACCACCGACGUCAGCGCCUACCAGCCCAUUGUCAAGCAAGUCGCCUCCGACUUUCGGCUAAUGGAGACACAGCAUCGCUUCCUAUCGUCUCAGAGCAACCACGAGCAAACGCAGGCAAUCAUCCAGGGGAUUAUUCAUGAUAUCAACACACUGGGACAAUUCUCUAUGCCGCCAACUGGUGUAUCCGACAUUCCUUAUUUUCCUAAGAACAAUCCUGAGCCCAUUCGACUGCAGCAGGUCUGGGUAGCAUCGAAAGAUUCGAUCAAACUUGCCGAUCCUCUUCUCCUCAAGCUCGUCUCCUUCUUUGACGGCGUCAGCGACAUCAUGACGAUCUCGAUCAAGUCGGAGAUGGAGCUGGAGUUUGUCCUUGCUAAGGUCUCGUGGCUGCUGCAGAGGGAGAUGGAGGUCGUGCGAAUGAUCGACAAGAUUAGACUCAAGUGA